AUGGUUGGAGGCUUAAAGGAAUGCGUGGAUCUCAUUCGAUCUUCCCGGACAGAGUCACAGGCUAGGGCGGCGCACGCGAGGAUUCUCCUCCUCCACCAGGGCAAUGCCAAGGGCUCGAUCGUCUUCCUCGAAAAUCUCUUGAUCCAGCUCUACGCGCGCUGCGGCCGCGUCGAUCUCGCGCACCAGAUCUUUCGCGAAAUCUCUGCCAAGAACUCCUUCUCCUGGUUCUUGAUGCUGUGCGCCUUCUCUCGCGCCGGGGAUCUGGCCAGCGCCAGGGCCGUUUUCGAUGAAUCGCCGGACAAGAGCUUACGAUCUUGGAACGCGAUGCUGGAUGCCUACUCCAGGGCAGGGGAUUUCGUGGGAUCGUGGUCGCUCUUCCACGCAAUGCCGGCAUGGGACGUGAUCUCCUUCACGACGAUCCUCGCGGUGGCACAGCGGCGGGAGAUUGUGGUGUUGAUGCUGGAAUCACUCCCGGAGGGCGAUUUGAUCGCGUGGAAUUCGGUGCUGGCGGCGGCAUCCAGGGCCCUGGAUCUGGAAUUCGCGAAGAACAUCUUCGAUCUCAUGGAAGAACGCGACAUCGUGUCCUACACAGCGCUUCUUGCCACGGCUGCCCAGAGCGGCCAUCUGGAUUGGGCAAAACAUCUCUUCUUCUCGAUGCCGGAGCACGAUCUCGUCUUGAGCAACGAGCUCCUCCAAGAGUUUUCACGAUCCGGAUAUUUAGAAAUCUGUAGAGAAUUCCUAGCAGCGAUGCCGGUGUGGGACGCCAUCUCGUGGACUGCGAUCAUCAUAGCAAAUGCCCGGUUUUGGCAUCUAGAUCACGCGAUCAAUCUCUUUUGGGCGAUGCCGGAAAGAGAUCUCGCGGCCUCCACCGCGAUUCUCACGGCAAUCUCCCAGAGUGGUGACAAAGCUAGAGCGAAUUCGUGGUUUGAUCGCUUGCCCGAGCGAGACACGGUCUCGUGGAAUGCCAUGGCUCUCACAAUUGCCCAGAGUGGGGAUUCUUCCUCGGCAUUGCAGCUCCUCUAUCAAAUGGCGAUGGAGGGAUUCUUGCCCCGGAACUCCUCUUCUUGCUGCGUUCUUCUGGGCUCCAACCAUUCCGGCGAUCUCUCCUCUGGAAUUGGGUGCUUUAGAUCCUUGAUCCUGGACUACGAUCUAGCUCCAGCCAAGCGGCACUACUCCUCCAUGGCCGAUCUUCUUGCGCGAUCUGGGCGAUUGAUCGAGGCGGAAGAGCUUCUCCAGACGAUGCCCUUUGUGCCAGAGACGAUGGACUGGCUGGGCUUGGUGGGAGCAUACAAGAGCCAUGAGAGGUUGAUCUGA